CGGCCCAGCCUGACCCAGUAACCUCAGUCAGCUGCAUUACAUGGUUGUUACGGGGAGAGGUUCCAGUCCGGGAGAAACAUGACGGUUUCACGGCUACCGCCAGCAGCGCUUUCAUUCAAACAGUUCUUACAGAGGCAGAAAGUUUUGGGGCUUUACAGAAACAUGUUGAGGACUAUUCGACAUGUACCGAGCGAGGCCGACAGGAAAUACCUGACUGACUGGGCCAGAGAGGAGUUCAAGAGAAACAAGAGCGCUACCAAUCAGGAUGCGAUCCGCAUGAUGAUCACACAAGCCAACAACCACCUGGAGGAACUGCAGAAGUCUCUGGCACUGGCCCGAAGUUAGCAACCGAGAUGUUUCCGUUUCCUGCGGUGGACUGUUCUGGACUGUUCUGGACCGUUUCUCCAUGAGAACAAUGAAUCGUGUGCAACAGUUUGACCUUGGAGACCGGGAAUCCUGUCAUGGAUGGUGGGAGGACUCUGACCUGAAAAACUUGGUUCAGUUGUCGUUGGCAACCACAAGAAACCACACACACAUUUAGAAUACAUUUUUAUUUAUGCAAAAUAUGUCUAACUUAGCGCUGGAGUGUGUGGACCCUAGCCAUGACUAAAACAGCAGAAAAUAUGACUGCAGCAGUUUCAGCUCUGGAUGUCAGAACUGUCCUGACAACUGUGUCUGUAUGAUUUAUUCUUGUUUGGUGUGGGAAAACCAAAUACAUGGAUGCAAGCUUAAUACUGGAAAAUGUCACUGUUUUAUGUAACUAGCUCACCACUCGUUCACUCGGAGGAGGCUUCCAACUGCCGUUCACACACUCAGUGGGGAUCCAUCACUCGUGGACCGCUGCUAGUACUGAUACUAGUACAGGUACUAGUACAGAUACUAGUACAGGUACUAGUACAGAUACUAGUACAGCUGCUAGUAGGGGAGACCGGGACUUGUCACACUUUUACUUAUAUAUUUCUUGUAAUCAAUACAUCAUAUAUAAAACAAAUGUGUACCAGAUGAAAGACAAACGUCUCAGCAGUGGCGGCUGGUCAGUAGGGGGCGCUAGAGCGCCGCCCCAUCAAAUCAAGAGAAGAAUAAAAUAAAAGUAAAAGUAAAAGAAAAAUUGUGUAAGAUGCAUAAUUAUUAAAAGAAGGUGUUAUUUCAGUCUGUGGGUGAAUUUCAGUAGUAAUUAAAUGUUGUUUAAAUAUUUAUUUGGUUACAAAAUGUUUUUUUAUUUACUUCCAGAAGGGUGCCGGUCAAAUAUAAUUUGAUAAGCACGUGACCUGAAGAUCUCUUCUUAUUGGUUUGAAUUAGAUUCGUAAAGGGACGCAGUCGUGUGCGUCCCCUUUUUUAAUCUAAUGUGAUUGGACAAUUCCUUCCCCGUCUUUUUUAGAAAAUCAAACCACAAAAGAGAUUUUUAUGUCUGUUUUAAAUAGGUUAAAUAACACUUGCUUUUGAAAUAAUAUUUGUUAAUUUUGUAUAUGAUCAAAUAUCUGUAAGAAAGGAACGUUAUCUUUUCAAAUAAUGUAAAUUCCAGACAGAACAAUGGAAAUGUUAAUGUUUUUCUUCUCUCUAAUGUGUAAAAGAUAAACUGAACCCAAACCAGGAAGAAAAAACCUAUACAAAACAACAGUGGACUUGUUUAAAUGAUAAACCCCUACUUUAAUUCAGUUCUCUUUUUUCCACUGCAGCAGAACUGAACUGCUUCACUAAAACUUAUGACCAAUAAGCCAUUGUUGGAUGGUUAAAUUUUUCAAAAUUAAAGGACCAAAAUAUUAUUUUCUACCUUUCUUUUUUCCCUAUUGUACCAAACUUGAACCGUUACACCCCUAUGUAUGCCAAGGUAAAUUGCGCCCCCCCCAAAAAAUGUUUUGCACCAGCCGCCACUGCGUCUCAGGUAUAUAUUUAGUGUUCAUAUCAUGUUCAUAUCUUGUGUCGGUGCAGAGUUAUUACCAAUCAAAUAGAGAUUGUGAACAUGUCCCAAGUUGCCUCGCCAACGGGUAAGAUGCCACACUGGAUUUAACAAUUAAUAAAAUAAGGACAAAACUAUUCUUGUUGAUAUUUUUUUACUUGAACGUGAAUAAACGUUCUGACUGUAUUCCAGCUGGGGUGAAUGUCUUGCAGUACCGAGCCAAGAUACAGUAGUUGACAUUAAAAUCCUUUGCUGGACUCCUGAUUGACUUUUUAGCCACGGCCACCUUUCUGCCCU